AUGGCACACAAUGUUAGGCAAGUGUACUAUGUUCCUUAUCCCCCAACUCUACCACGCAAACGAGGUUGGUCUGUUGCAAUCAAAACAAAACCGAGGGGCUGCAUCGAGACUGAAGAACCAAACGAAGAAGUUGCUUACCAAGCCGAUGAUAUGACACAUGUAAAUGAGAUAAUUGAAGUAGAUCAAGUUACAAGUUGGCAUGACUCUCAGGUUGAUCCUUCUAUUUUGGAGAUGCGUGAUGAAGUUGAAGAUGAGAAUGAAGACGUUGUUGAUGAUAAUAAUGAAGGGGACCAGCAAGACAAUCAAGUUGAUGAUGGUGAUGUCGAUGAAUAUAACUAUGCAUUCACAAUGCCUCCGAAAGAAAAAGAGAAAGGCAAGAGCAAGGAUGGCAGGAGGCGGUUCAAAACACACAUUGCGGAUCCAGCCACACUUGCCACAUUGACUCCCUUUCCCAGACCACCCUCUUCUUCUAGCCAGGGAUCGACUGGGUCAUCCCAAGCUAGUGCUGUUGCACCCGCUAGAUGGUCUAGUGUUGUUGCACCUGCUGGUUUUAUCCUCCCUACAGGUUACCAGUUGCCUCCUCCACCAACAUUUCCUCAUGGGCAGACCGACUUUAUGAUCCCUCAACAUCAACAACCCCCACCACCCCAACAUCAACAACCCCCGCCCCAACCCCAACCCCAACAGGGUGCUGAUGAUGAUGAUGAGGAGAUGGCAGAUUAUCCGCAAGAUGAUCAAGAGCGUUACAUCAUUGUGCCUAGCGGAAACUCUUUCAUGCCCUGCAAGCCAGCUGCCAGUGCCAUUAGAGACAUCAUCCAGGGGAGGUUUCAUGGAUUUUGGAAGACUUAUGGUGAUGUCCCAGAUGAUGAAAAGAAUGCAUGUGUACCUGGAACCCCAGGUACUAUGAUCAGAUCAGGAGGAACUUUCACAUUAGAGCUUCUGCCUGCCUCUCCGACAUGUUGCGACAUGUCCGACUUCGUCACGAGGCUGCUGGAAAGAGGCCCUACUGGAUCGGGGAGCCACUUAUGA